AUGGGUUGCUUCUGGUUCUCACGUCACAAGAGUGGAGGAAAGCCUUCAGAAGUUGAUGGAGAAAUUUCAGUGACAGACAAGGUAAAGAUUUACAAAUACAAAGAGAUUCGUCUAGCUACAGAUGAUUUCAAUCCCCAUAACAAAAUUGGAGAAGGAGGGUUUGGUUCUGUGUACAAGGGUCGUCUUAAAGAUGGAAAGGUGGCAGCUAUAAAAGUCCUGUCUGCUGAAUCAAGACAAGGUGUAAGAGAGUUUUUAACUGAGAUCAAUGUGAUAUCAGAGAUACAACAUGAGAAUUUAGUUAAGUUAUAUGGAUGCUGCGUGGAGGGGAAUCACAGGAUUCUUGUUUACAACUAUCUCGAGAAUAAUAGCCUUGAUAAGACACUUCUAGCUGGGGGCUACACUCAGAGUGGGAUACAGUUUGACUGGACUACUCGUGUCAAUAUCUGCAUUGGGGUUGCUAAAGGUCUUAAAUUUCUUCAUGAAGAAGUAAGACCACAUAUAGUUCAUAGAGAUAUCAAGGCAAGCAACAUUCUACUUGACAGAAACUUGUCCCCAAAGAUCUCUGAUUUUGGACUUGCUAGGCUUAUGCCACCGAACAUGACUCAUGUCAGCACUCGUGUCGCCGGUACACUUGGUUACUUAGCGCCAGAGUAUGCUGUUAGGGGACAGUUAACACGUAAAGCAGAUAUAUACAGCUUUGGUGUACUUCUGAUGGAGAUAGUCAGUGGAAGAAGUAACAAAAACACACAGUUACCCACAGAAUAUCAAUUUCUUCUUGAAAGAGCUUGGGAACUUUAUGAGCGGAAUGAGCUAGUGGAUCUUGUUGAUACAGGGCUAAAAGGAGUCUUUGACGUAGAGGAAGCUUGCCGGUACCUAAAAAUAGGUCUUUUGUGCACACAAGACAGUCCUAAGCUAAGACCAACCAUGUCCACAGUGGUGAAGUUGUUAACGGGAGUGAAGAAUGUAGACAACAAGAAAAUAACAAGGCCGGGUUUGAUAUCUGAUUUUAUGGACUUGAAAGUUAGAGAACCGGUGGAAACAAAGCCAGAGGAAGUGACCAGACAGAACUACACAAACCCUUCUUCUUAUAAUGUCUCGUCUAGCUCAGGGACUAGAGAUAACUCAUCAGGGGCUUCAUCAACUAAUGCGGUUUGUUCAUUCAGCAGUACCGUUUAGAAAAGAGUAAAGUUCCUUUUUCACAACAGUUUUUGAUUUUGAGAGAUAUAUAUAGAAGUUUGAAAAUGAAUCUGGUUUGAGUGUAUGUAUAUAAGAUUUGAGGGUUCUCAUUACUUGAACCUUUUAUGAAAAUUUACUUUCAAC